AUGGGGAGAGAAAAACGCACACAGCCGGGCCCUCGUGGCACGGCCAAGGAUCGGCACAAGAAGGCCGGCAAGGUCAGCAAGCCCAUUGACCGCAGCGCGCCGCUGCCGCCGGGGCUCGUCGCCGCGAAACCAGUCAACGCGAUCGCCAGCAACAAACACCAAUCCUAUUUCGAGUUUAUCGAGAACAAAGAGAGGAAGAAGCCGCUGCUUCUCGAGAACACCACGAACACAGACCCGCCUCCUGGCAUGAGAUACAUUCCCAUUGGGAACCCUGAACUGACCGAGCGAUGCCAGGACAUCUCAAGAGAGCUGGGCGCUUCGGUAUACAUUGUGACAAAAGCAAAGAAGGACGCAUCGGACUUGAGCCUGCAAAUCCACCGGGUCGGGUACCACAUUCGCGAAAACAUCGUGGAUCGGGCCUUGGCGGAGCUGGGGCUCACCGACGUCUACGUCCCCGAACUCAUCGGCCAAGGCGACGGAGGGCUCGUCGAGAAAAUCCCUGAUGACCAAGACGAAAUCGACAAGCAGGCGGACGCCGCCCUACGCGAGCUUUUCCCCCGGAUCCCAAAUACCGAUCGACAACAGAUCAUCGAUCAUGCCUUCCAGAAAGGGAGACACUUCAAGGGCGAUCUGGUCGUGGGGCUCCAGCAGGAUCUUUCUCUUUCGCGGCGAGUGCAGCUUGCUGUCCUGGCGCACAUCCGACACAACCACACCAGAUAUGACGAGCUUCUUAGGGAAACAACCUGGCACAACGCCAGAAGAGCCACGGAGCAGCUUUGCCUGGACAUCCUCGUCAAGUGGCGAGGUGACGAUGAGAACGGCCGCAACCAACUUGACGAAAUCCUUCGCGAAGUCGUGGUGCUCUCUGACGACUCGGAUGACGAGGACUCGGGCGAGGAGCCCGAUUCCGAAUCAUCAGAGAUACUCAUUGACAGGUCUCACAACACUGGCAGGGUGUCGGCGCCGGCCGCACCCCAGAACGUCGCCAACAGCCGUAAACGCUUGUCGACAGCGGUGUUGUCUCGUCCAGGAUCCCCGGUGCCCCAUGCGACGCCCGGAACAUCUAGGCGACUCGCCAAAAGGGCGCGCAAACGCGCUAAGCACCGUGAGCGUAACUUUAGCCGAUAUGAAGCUGCUAGAGAUGCUGCUUGGGACAACGCCAUGCAGCGGCAGAGAGCGCCCGAUGGUCGUUCCGACCAGCCAGGCAUGGCGGACAGUUCCGCCAGUCAUGGCGCGUACCCUCCGGGCCGGCCUGCUGCACCUGUUGAGAACAGAGCUCCUGUGAAUGAUGGCGGCCAUCCGUAUCCGCAGUUGCGGCCUCUCUCUGGACAGUUCGGCGACAUUUUCUAUGAGAACGGGCAGCACGUGAAUGGUACUUAUCCCGCGCGGCCUCAGCCCACGCGCUCCCAAUACGUGCCGUCCGGUUCUACAAUGCAAAAGGUAAAUGACACUGGCAGCUCUUUCAGUCGCGGUCCCAUGACCCAUGGAAGUGCUCGGGUACCGGAGAGUCACCAACUGCAAGACUUAUUGCAUCCAUCCAUUGAGCCAAGAUCGCCCGAUUCUCUACGGCCUCCAUCACGCUUUACCCGUGGCAUGGUGGAGUACACGGAGCGCAGAGGUGACGAUCUGCAGUACCGCUUGAACUCCCCUCCUCGUGGCCCAGUUGUGCGAGAAGAACACUACCUCCAUCGACCUCAGGUCCACCAGAGUUAUCCCGUACAUGCUAGAGCUCCGAUUGGAGACCAGGACCUGGUUCGAGCCCCUGAGAUGUCAUACCACAGUGUGCCACAGGAUGCCGCUCGACCGGCCGGUUACCAGCCAGCACGAGAUUAUGGCACUGCCGGACCGCAUGGCCAUGUUGAUAGGAUUCCGCACCAGGAAGGCCAGUACGGUCGACGGCAUGGCAGCGUCCUGGGAGAGAAGGCCAAUCCCAUCAUGAUUGAAGACCAGAACGUUCACCAAGGCACAGUCUACCUGCGCACGGGUGAGAGUGUCAGGGACAGAUUCGGCCCUGAUGCCGAGAUACUCGCCGUCCGCCGCCCUCGGCGUGACAAUGGCCCGGACCCCCAUCGGCCCAUUGCAAUGGAUGAAGGCUUCAUCCGCUUGCGAGAGGACCGGCCUACGGAACAACGGAACGGGCUGGCAGAGGAGGGCUUCCUGAGGCUCAGGGAGCGCACUGUUGCUAGGCCUGGCCCCUCGGCGUUUGCCAACCAUGCCAGACCCUCGUUCAAUGACUAUAGGACUUAUGAUCCGCCCCAGUUCCGGCCGGCUGAUGUUCCUGCACAAGCCGUUUACGUGAGACGUGCUGAGCGACCGCCUCCUGCUGACCUCUCAUACCAUGGGCCCGGGUAUGAGCGCGUCGAGAGAGUUAGAGCCGAGAGGGUUGUCCAGCGCGAUCUUCCGUCGCCUGUCUAUGGCGGAGCGUAA